CUCCAUUUCCGCUGACCCUCCCCGGCCGCCGUACUAUUGAUGUGGCCGUAGCUCUGCCAGUCCUUCCACGUCACCCUGAGAGCGUUCAGUGUCCGGAGCAAGACAGGGCCCCGGGAGCCGCAGGUUCUACUGCGUCAGUGAUCCUGUGUUUUAUUUCAAGGCAUUAAACGUCAGGAAACAUGACUGCGGCAGAGAAUGUGUGCUACACACUCAUCAAUGUUCCCAUGGAUUCAGAGCCCCCGUCUGAAAUCACCCUGAAGACUGAUCUUGAAAAAGGAGACAUCAAAUCCAAGACAGAGGCUCUGAAGAAAGUUAUUAUAAUGAUUUUAAAUGGCGAGAAGCUGCCAGGUCUCCUGAUGACGAUCAUUCGCUUUGUGCUGCCCCUCCAAGAUCACACCAUAAAGAAACUGCUUCUAGUCUUCUGGGAGAUCGUCCCCAAAACUACCCCCGAUGGCAAACUGCUGCAGGAAAUGAUCCUUGUUUGUGAUGCUUACAGAAAGGAUUUACAGCAUCCCAAUGAAUUCAUCCGCGGCUCCACACUGCGUUUUCUCUGCAAGCUGAAGGAGGCCGAGCUUCUUGAGCCCCUGAUGCCAGCAAUCCGAGCUUGCCUUGAACACCGGCACAGUUAUGUACGGAGAAAUGCCGUGCUUGCCAUAUACACAAUCUACAGAAACUUUGAACACCUUAUCCCGGAUGCCCCUGAAUUAAUCCAUGAUUUCUUGGUGAAUGAGAAAGAUGCAAGCUGCAAAAGAAAUGCUUUUAUGAUGCUUAUCCAUGCAGAUCAGGAGCGUGCUUUGGAUUAUCUGAGUACCUGCAUCGACCAAGUACAGACAUUUGGUGAUAUCCUACAGCUGGUCAUUGUUGAGCUCAUAUACAAGGUCUGCCAUGCCAAUCCAUCAGAAAGAGCUCGUUUUAUUCGGUGCAUCUUCAACCUCCUGCAGUCUUCCAGCCCAGCCGUGAAAUAUGAAGCAGCAGGGACUCUUGUAACAUUGUCCAGUGCACCGACCGCCAUCAAGGCAGCGGCUCAGUGCUAUAUCGAUCUGAUCAUCAAGGAGAGUGAUAACAAUGUAAAACUCAUUGUCCUGGAUCGUCUGAUUGAACUAAAAGACCAUCCUUCUCAUGAACGAGUGCUACAGGACCUGGUAAUGGACAUCCUGAGAGUUUUGAGCACCCCAGAUUUGGAGGUACGAAAGAAGACUCUGCAGUUGGCUCUUGACCUGGUUUCUUCACGAAAUGUAGAGGAGCUGGUGAUUGUCCUAAAGAAGGAAGUUAUUAAAACCAACAAUGUAUCUGAACAUGAAGACACCGACAAAUACCGGCAGCUUCUAGUGCGUACCUUGCACUCGUGUAGCGUCCGCUUCCCAGAUAUGGCCGCCAAUGUUAUCCCUGUGCUAAUGGAGUUUCUUAGCGAUAGUAAUGAGGCUGCCGCUGCCGAUGUUUUGGAAUUUGUACGCGAAGCUGUUCAGCGCUUUGAUAACCUUCGACCUCUGAUUGUGGAGAAGAUGCUGGAAGUGUUUCAUGCCAUUAAAACUGUCAAGAUUUACAGAGGGGCUCUCUGGAUUCUUGGUGAAUACUGCAGCACAAAAGAUGAUAUCCAAAGCGUCAUGACUGAAGUUCGUAGGUCUCUGGGAGAGGUCCCAAUCGUUGAGACAGAACUGAAAAAGGAGUCUGGUGAAUUAAAGUCUGAAGAAGAAGUGUCUGUUGGUCCUGCACAAAAGCUGGUGACCGAAAUGGGAACUUAUGUCACCCAAAGUGCCCUCAGUAGUUCACGGCCUGCAAAGAAAGAGGAGGACAGGCCUCCACUUAGAGGAUUCUUACUGGAUGGCGAUUUCUUUGUUGCAGCUUCUCUUGCCACCACUCUCACCAAGAUCGCGCUGCGCUAUGUGGCUUUGGUUCAAGACAAAAAGAAGCAAAACUCCUUUGUUGCCGAAGCAAUGUUGCUCAUGGCUAGCAUUCUUCACCUGGGUAAGUCCUCUCUCCCGAAGAAGCCCAUCACCGAUGACGAUGUGGACAGGAUCUCGCUGUGCCUGAAGGUCUUAUCUGAAUGUUCUCCGCUAAUGAAUGAGAUCUUUAACAAGGAAUGUCGCCAGUCUCUUUCCCACAUGCUCUCCGCCAAGCUCGAAGAAGAGAAACUUUCACAGAAGAAAGAAUCUGAGAAGCGCAGUGUGACCGUGCAGGCUGACGAUCCCAUAUCCUUCAUGCAACUGACAGCCAAGAAUGAGGCAUCCUCAAAGGAAGAUCAGUUCCAACUGAGUCUGCUCGCUGCAAUGGGGACCACCCAGCGAAAGGAAGCUGCGGACCCUCUGUCGUCCAAACUAAACAAGGUUACACAGCUGACCGGUUUCUCAGACCCAGUCUACGCAGAAGCUUAUGUACACGUUAACCAAUAUGACAUUGUUCUGGAUGUAUUGGUUGUCAAUCAGACCAGCGACACCUUGCAGAACUGCACUCUGGAGCUGGCCACUUUAGGUGAUUUGAAGCUGGUGGAGAAGCCAUCUCCUCUGACUCUUGCCCCGCACGACUUUGCCAACAUUAAAGCUAAUGUCAAAGUUGCAUCUACAGAGAAUGGGAUCAUUUUUGGGAAUAUUGUGUAUGACAUAUCUGGGGCAGCAAGUGACCGAAACUGUGUAGUCCUGAGUGACAUUCACAUUGACAUCAUGGAUUACAUCCAGCCGGCAUCCUGCACAGACACAGAGUUCAGACAGAUGUGGGCGGAGUUUGAGUGGGAGAACAAGGUGACCGUUAACACAAACAUUAUCGACCUGAAUGAAUAUUUGCAGCACAUUCUCAAAUCUACAAAUAUGAAAUGUCUCACCCCAGAAAAGGCUUUGUCUGGAUACUGCGGGUUCAUGGCUGCUAACCUCUACGCUCGUUCCAUAUUUGGAGAGGACGCACUCGCCAAUGUCAGCAUUGAAAAGCCAAUUCACCUGGGUCCAGACGCCCCUGUGACCGGCCACAUACGAAUUAGAGCCAAGAGCCAGGGAAUGGCUCUGAGUCUGGGAGACAAGAUUAAUCUAUCUCAAAAGAAGACAAACCUAUAAAGCAGGUUCCGGAAUCCAUUCCAUGAGAUAUCUAUCAGCAGUCGGCUGUUAAACUUGGAUCUUGCUGUCUCUUGUUUCCUCCCUGCUCUCAGUGUGUAGUAGCGUUUCUGACUGCACCGACGCUGAAAAUUCCUAGCAAGUUGAGAUCUCUGCCAUCAUGAUUCAGUAAACCUACAAGUUCAAUAUAUAUAUUUUAUUUUUGGUCUUAUAAUAAUACUGUGUCCUAAACUCCAAGGCUCUGUGUCUGUGCUCAUCUGUUGUGACAAUUGACAAUAAAACAGUCCUUUUGAUUACUUUUGUAAUUUUCCAUAUUUAUCCAGAUAUACCUGUCCCCUUCCUGCUACUACAUGUGCUGGUCAUAGUCAGUUAGAAUGUGGACAGCCACUGUGUAUUUAUACAUCCGACGAUAGCUUCAUGAUCAAAGACUUUAUUUUACAAUUGUGUGGUUCAUUUAUUUUUCAACAUUUCAUAGAUAGGGACUUCACUUAAAGGACCACUAUAGACACCCAGACCACUUCAGCUCAAUGAAGUGGUCUGGGUGCCAGGUCCAUCUAGGGUUAACCCUGCCUGCUGUAAGCAUAGCAGUUUCUGAGAAACUGCUAGGUUUACAAUGGGGUUAAUCCAGCCUCUAGUGGCGGUCUCAUUGACAGGCGCUUCCGCGCUUCUCACUGUGAUUUUCAUAGUGAGAAGACGCCAGCUUUCCUAUGGACUGACUGACUGCGCGUGUGGCUCUUGCCGCGCAUGCGCAUUCGGCGGAAGAGGGAGAAGAGUCCCCAGCGUCGAGGGAGCCC